AUGAGAUGGUUACUGUUCUUUGGGGCCCUUGUUGGGUCAGGCAUCUGCGGCCGAGACAAAUUCUUUGGGGACCAAGUUUUUAGGAUUAAUGUCAGAAAUGAAGACGAGAUCAGAAUACUGACUCAGCUAGUGAAUUCCGACCACUUUAAGCUCAAUGUCUGGAAAUCUCCCUCCACUUUUGGUCGGCCCGUGGACAUCCUCGUCCCCUCUGUCAGCCUGUUGCCUGUCAAGUCCUUCCUGAAGUCCCAGGGCUUAGACUACUCAGUGACAAUUGAAGACCUCCAGGCCCUUUUAGAUAAUGAAGACAAAGAAAUGCAACACAGUGAAGGGCAGGAGCGGAGUGGCGACAGCUUCAACUACGGAUCUUACCAUUCCUUGGAAGCUAUUUACCACGAGAUGGACAGUAUUGCCACAGACUUCCCCGACCUGGCAAGCAGAGUGAAGAUCGGAGAGACAUUUGAAAAGCGACCCAUGUAUGUUCUGAAGUUCAGCACGGGAGGAGGCAAGAAGAGGCCUGCCAUUUGGCUGAAUGCGGGCAUCCAUUCCCGUGAGUGGAUCUCACAGGCCACUGCCAUCUGGACUGCGAGGAAGAUUGUGACCGAUUACCAAAAGGAUCCAGCUCUUACCUCCAUCUUGGAGAAAGUGGAUAUUUUUGUGCUGCCUGUGGCCAAUCCUGAUGGAUACGUGUACACACAAACCCAUAAUCGAUUAUGGAGGAAGACGCGGUCCCGGAACCCAGGAAGCCGUUGUAUUGGAGCUGACCCAAACAGAAACUGGAAUGCCAGUUUCGCAGGAGAAGGGGCCAGCCAUAACCCCUGCUCUGAAGUGUACCAUGGCUCCCACCCUAAUUCUGAAGUGGAGGUGAAAUCAGUGGUGGAUUUUAUUCAAAAGCAUGGGGAUUUCAAAUGCUUCAUUGACCUGCAUAGCUACUCACAGCUGCUGAUAUAUCCCUAUGGGUACACAGUCAAGAAGGCCCCAGAUGCUGAGGAGCUGGAUGAUGUGGCGAGGAGUGCAGCCGAAGCUCUGGCUUCCCACUCGGGCACGAAGUACCAAGUAGGACCCACUUGCACCACUGUCUACCCAGCCAGUGGGAGCAGCAUCGACUGGGCAUAUGACAACGGCAUCAAGUAUGCCUUCACAUUUGAGCUGAGAGACACCGGGCACUAUGGCUUCCUCUUGCCGGCCAAGCAGAUCAUCCCCACCGCAGAGGAGACCUGGCUAGGACUGAAGACCAUCAUGGAACAUGUGCGGGACAACCUCUACUAGUCAAGGAACCCACGUAUUUCAGCCAUAAGCCACCACGGAGGCCGCUGUUAAAGAAGAUCACUUUUCCUGCGUGGAUCAGAGCCUUCCUGGCUCAGCUGGCUCUCCAUCAGUACUGCUCCCUAGAGAGCAACCUCUUGGUGGGCCCGUGAGGAGCUCUUCCAUGAGUGUAGUGCUUGGUCCUGCUAUGUUGCUGAGCCCCUGGUAUACCUCUCUACCCAUGCAUGGUUGGGCAUGCCCCAGUCACAUAGAUAUGGCUGCCUCACUUUCGGAACACCUCUCGUGGCUCUCUGGUCUCUACAUCUAGCCAGGCCAGGGAUCUGGCUCCAGCGGGGAACUAUGGGAACUGCUGGGGGAGACAGUGCUUAUCUUUAGAACUCCUUGUAUUUUCCCUCUUUCUGACUUGUUUUUCUUUCUUUUUUCUUUUAGACAGGGUCUUACUAUGUCGCCCAUGCUAGCCUGAAACUCCUGGGUCAAACAGUGUUUCUACCUCAGUCUCCCCAGGAGUGGGGUCCAGCUCAGAAACACACUUUUCUUUGAGGAACAAAUCCUAUUGAACCAUCAACAUUGGUCUUUCUGGCCUGCCUAUUCUUCCUACUCCUAUUACUGUUGUUGUUGUUAUUGAUAGGGUCUCUCUAUGUAGCCAUGGCUAUCCCGGAACUUGCUAUAUAGACCAAGUUGGCCUCGAACUUACAGAGAGACCCCUGGCUCUGCCUCUGAAGUACAUUAAAGAGAUUAAAGAUGGGCAUCACCACACCUGGCUCCUCUUAAUUUUUUUUUUU